AUGGCAUUCGAAAAUUAUUUCCCCUCUGCAACGCCUAUCUUUAAAUAUGAGGGAAAGAAACAUCUCCUUGAGAUUUGGGAACAGAAGUAUUACCGAAAUAUCCCGUUUUUGAUUUUCAAGAUGGAUGAAAGCACCUUCCUCACGGAUUUUAUACAUACCCGUAAUGAAAAGAUAUCCAAAAUAUGGAAGUCGUAUGAGUAUUCCUCUAACAACCUUCUUAUUGAAAUGAACGAAUCAAAGCCACACGCAGCAGCGGCUGAUGAAUUCAAAUUCAUUAUCAUGAAUUGGGCAAAAUCCGUCUCAGAAAAGCGAUUACUACCAUGGGGUUCCUAUCCGGUUGCGAGGGAUUCCGGGUUCAAGAAACCGGAUGGGGCGUGGGGACCGAAGGAACGCCUUCGCUGGCCCACAAUUGUUUUUGAGGUUGGAGUGACGGAAUUUGCUGAGAGCCUACAAAACAAUAUGAAAAAUUGGCUCGAGAACAGCGAAGGGGCCGUUAAUGUCGCAUUAUCGAUCAGAGUGACAAAGACAAGGGUGACUGUGGCGAGAUGGGAUCUGGAAAACAACUCAGAGAGAUCAGCAUUCAUUUCACAGUCAAUGUUUAUGACUCGCCGGUCGAAGAUUCCCAGGAUUAGCGGUCAUCUUGGAUUUUCAUACGAAGAGGCGUUUCUGGAAUCUCCUCAGGGGGAGGGGAAAGAUUUUACGCUUACGGAGGAAUUGCUUCGUGACUUUGUCACUAGUGUUUGGGACCAGUGGGACAAUGAGGAGCAAGAGAAAGCGUCUUCCAAACAACCAGUCACGAACUAG